CAUACCGUGCAGUGGUGGUGAGAUAUUCUCAGGAACACGAUGGGUUCCUGGAACACUGUACUGCUUGGAGUUUACCUUCUCCUCCUUGCGGAGCUCCACGGUGCUUUCGCUGACACGUCAGCAGUCUGCAAGCGCGUCAUUGCAGGAUGUCUUCUGGACGAUUGCAGAGUGGAGAUUCCGUGUGUAAACGGGGCUUGCGACGCCCAAGGUUUCUGUGCCUGCCUGCCCUGCUGGGAAGGAGAAUCUUGUGAUGAGUACACCGAUGUGUACCCGCCGUCCUUCCCGACUCGCUCGGAGGUGGUGGCUAUUAGCGACCCGUUCGUCCCACGGCCCGUAUUCACGGCCAGCGCCUCGGACUUGGACCUCGAGAAGACGUGCUCGGGGAGAGAACCCUGCGAAUGCGCCCAGGUCUACUACGACAUCAUCGCCGGUAACCCCUACGAGCUCUUCAGCGUGGACAACGUCUCUGGCAACGUCAUGAUCAAGUACCCAGAACACCUGGACGAGCGUGCGUCUUUUCCCGUCACCUUUGGCGCGUGGAGUAAAGCAGCCCUGGAGAACAAUACUGAACCAGAGUCUACCAUGAAGGUGAUUUUUUACCUCGACACCUCGGACGAGUUCCACGGUCCGGGGUUCAUUCUUGACCACAACGAGAUAGCUGCAGGACGACGAAGUCGUCGAAAGCGUGAGGCUUUGCUACCCCAGCAAUCCGAGUCUCUCAACUACCGUACCGACUUCCAACUGACCAUAGUCGGGGGCGACCCGAGCGCAAUGGAACUCGGACGCGUCCUGGAGUACGAGCUGGUCAUCUCCGUUCCUCCGACGGAACGCAUGGACCUUCUUGUGGACAUUUUCACCAAGGAUGUGAUUGCGGACAACUAUGUUCCCCCACUCGCCAUUUACGACAUCAAGACUGAAAUUCCUCCAGAGAUGACAUUCACCAACGGUGAACCGGCCAUCAACAAGAUGCUCAGCGAGUCAGUCACUAAUGUGUACGACCGCAUCGUUAUGGAGUUCGGCACGUUGUCCAAUCCAGACACGACCCGAAAGAUAAUCAUACGCUUCGCUGUCACAGCGGUACGGGUCAAGAUGAACUCCAAAGUUCACUACGUGACCGUUGGAGCAGAGUACGAUUACGAGACUUUCGUCUGGGUCGGCCAAACGGAGGUCACUGUCACCAACCCCAGGGCGAAUGAGGACGAGAAGCAGUUAGAAGUGGACAUAAAUGGACCGGGAGAAGUGGCGUUGGACAGUGCUGGCAUCUUUUCUCUGGACAUGUAUCUCAAGAUACGAUCGGACAAGGUUUCCGUUAUGUUGGAAGGACCUCCAGAGAUGGAAGACCUCCUUGCCAUAGGAAACUUGGGCAUAUCAAAGUUCGGCGGCAACUUCAAGCCAGUGCCCAACGACGUCACUCAUUACAAGACAGUAAUGACACCUUCAGCAACUAAGAUUUCUUACAGCGGCGCCAAGAUAGAUAUGGGGCUCAUUACUAAUACCGGUUCAAUCUAUCAAAAGCCACGGGUAGAAAACAACAAAAUCAACUUCACCUUCUCCGUCUUUGCCUUGAACCGUCCCGACCACGUCAACGAAACUGUCUCCUUCACGCUCAAGAUCAACGUAGCAAACAAGAACAUGUACACCGAGACGUUUUACGUGAACCUCACCGCAGCAAACUUCGAUGAGCCUGUGAACAACAUAGAAGAUGUUUAUCCCGUGAGCGACAUGUCCAAGAUCACUCUGGCCAUGCUGGUGAAGAGCACGCUCCACCUAAACGUCACCUCCGGAGGCUUCACGGCUGUCCGCGUCAUGCUCGAGGCGGAUCCCGAGAACCCGAUCCAGCUGUGCUCUGCUCGCUUCAAUCUCGAAGAGAGCGGCUUCAACAUUCCAUGGGCUAACAUCUCUUCCACGCCAGCUAUUUUGAAGGACAAUCAUUACAUCGUGGACCUCGGCAGGGUGUACAUAUCAGAUCAGCGCCAGCCACCGACUGGUAAGGACAACACGCUUGUGGUGGACACCUUCCUAUAUAUGGACAGCGACGUGGAAAUCAGCUUCAAGGAAGACGGCAACCUCUUUCCGAUCAGGAUGAAAAUUGGUCGAGGAGGAGAUGAUGCACGAGUUGUGCCUUUCGAAGCCCUGAGCUUGGAACAGAAGCGGUUCAUGUACAACCCUGACGUCAAGAUAUUCGACGCUGCCGGUUGGCGAGAGAUCUACAUCGGCGGUGCUGUGGCUUACGACGUUAUCAUUACAAUGCCACCGGCAGCUACGCAUAACAAUGUCACCGUUGAUGUUGUCGGCCAGAACAUCCCUACGCUGCCUGGCGUUCACAUUUGCCGUGCCCGUGUGUCAUUCGUAGGGCGCGCGCUACCAUGUCUAGAGGCUAUCCGGGACAGCAUCAACACUUACGGCACCACCUACGGCAAGGUCAACCCUCUACGCAAAGACACAGAUUCUUCCCGCGUCAACCUGGGACUCGUGUCCCACAUCCCGAAAUCCCUGGGCAACUACACUGAGAGUAAAAUCAUCGUGAACGUGGUGGCCAACUUGCAAGACGACGUGGAGUUCUCCAACGGGGCUCCCUACGGCAUCAUCACUUCGGUGGCCAUCAACUCAAAGACCAUUCACACGGAGGAAAAGAAGUUCGUCGCAAGUAGGGGUCCAUCGAAGGACUUGUUAAAGAACAAUCCCAUCUUCGCCUAUUCGAUACCACUGUGGACGGAACCAGUUGUCCCAGGCUUUGUGACGCAAUUCGAGAUAGCAGUAAAGACUCCUCCGCGCACCAUGGGACUGUACAUCAUUGAAGUGACAACCGCCAACCCUGACAUCAGCAUCUGCGUCCUUAAAAUCAAGACUGUCGGCGACAGCUUGCCGUGUCUAGACGCCGGCACAGCAGCCGAUUACACACUGCACGAUGACGUAAAUGAUGGCAACCGCAAGGCGUCGCUUGCCUUGCAAGCUCUCGCAAACGUUGGAACGUACCCUAUGUCUGCUACGAAGUACGUGGACCCGAAUACAGUCGUGUUCUCCGUCAUCAUAAAGAUCAAAGAGACUGCGACCAAGAACAAGGCUCUCAAGUAUCGCAUCUCGUACGGCUCUAAAGGAAGCUUUGAAGAGAGCCUCACGGUGCCCAUUGCACCACCUUCCAAGGAGAAUGGGGAGGACACUGGGUUGUCGAAACCACCUCGCACCAUGGUUGUGGCCACCCACGAGGAGAACAUUACAACCAUUACUCCAGGGGCUAUGCUCCUGAUGACGCUCUUCCUGGAAAUGCAACCGUUCAGCGCGGCGCCCAUCAGCUUCGACCUCCGCCUGGACGAUGGCGUCGCUAGCAUGCACGACUUUGAGCUCUGCCAAGAAGGAAUCUCGCACCUUGGAAAGAAUUACCCUUGCACGAAGCCUAGUCAAUGGGACAAGGAAGCGCCAAGACAGGGCAGCAGGUCAUUCGGACACUACAACCUAAACCUUAUGUGCAACUCUUUCAUUGAUCGGAAGAACGCCGAGGAGAAUAUGCUCCGUUUCACGGUUCCCUUGCUGCUGAAGCAUGGCGUUGGCAUCAUAGAAGGCACGGAUAUCAGCUUCACAUCAACAGCUCUCGCUGGUGAUAUCGCACGGAAGACAAAGACUGUGAAGCUGAAGGUGGCGGAUGUACCCGACCAGACUCUGGGAGUCGAAUCGCCAACAGUGAAUGCGGGUACUUUUGGCAACAUCGACAUCCGGAUACGUCAGAGAUUGUGGGUGCCGUUCAAUAUCACCCUGGGCCGUGGUACCAUGGCGGAGCUUCGCGUCCUAUUCCGUGGAGCGGUGGACGAGAAGAGCGCCAUCGUCAAUUUACACGACAUUCGCAUCAAAGGCGUCGGACGUAACAUUCCCUGCUGGAAAGCUCGUCCGCUCAACAUCUCUUUCGCUUCUUCUUUCGGCAACGUUCAGAUGGACAAGGCCAGUACAUCGCUGGGGUUCUUUUCCAAUCCAGGUUAUAGCCAUGUGCGUGGACUCUUUGCAACGGGCGACGAUGACGUCGUCGUGGAGGUGCUGGCCGAAAUGACCGAUCAUUCUCAAGCCGAAGACGCCACGCGGCACGCAGUCACACUGACAGUGUCGUCGCUUGGCUGGAAGGCCAAAGCGACUCAACUGCUCCGGGUCGUGCGGACGGGGAAAGAGCGGUCCUUCAUGGACCUCGCCGUCGUCAUGGAUGACUCCAGAGUCUACGAACGAGAAGAACGAGUGCAAGUGACUGCGUACAUCAAGCACUCUUUCGACUCUAGUGCAGAACCGAGCAAGUUAACAUUCCGCGUCUUUUUGCCCUACUUCAUCACAUUCGAAGCCCUCGCUGAUGUCAUCUCUGUCAGCCAGUACAAGCCUACAGUUAAAAAUUCCACUAUGGGGGUGGAUAUUGUGUUUCCGACUCUGAUGUUUGCGGACGAACUUGAACUCAACUUCACUCUGGCCGUGGACCCGGAGAACAAGCGUGGUUAUGGCACAGGACGCACCGAAGCCACCAUCCCAUACCGCGCCGUCUGCGAUCAGCACUCUCGCUCUGGUCAGAAGCAGACGUCGGGUCUUGCGUGCAGCGAUAUGAAGCACAUCCUCUUCACCGUCAACAGUAACGAAUGCGUCUUCGACUUGGGUAUGGAAAGCGGAGCCAUCGAGAACUGUCAGAUCCGGGCAUCAUCGGCGGCAGACUAUGAGCAUGCGCCGUGGAACGUCAGGAAAGGAGGCACCAAAGUAUGGUCUCCGGCGCUGAAGUCAAGUCUAUCGCGUCACCAUUUGGACGUCAAUUUCCAGCGCGUGACACGAGUGUCACAGGUGGAAGUACUGUACAUCCCGGGAUCGAGGAGGGUGUCCCGUUACAGUCUCAUGUACAGCAAUAACGGAAGGGACUGGAUCAAGCACGGAGGGAUCCGCACACUUAACUACAAGAACAGCAUUGCCAUGGAUCGGCUGGAGAAGACGAUCCAAGCCCGGAUGCUCCGUAUAAUCGUCGAAGAAGCUUCUGACGAGCACAUGGAGCAAGAAAUGUUGAUCGGCAUGCAGGUCGAACUCUAUGGCUGCUACAUCGAGGACCUCAAACCAGAAGGAAUUGUCUGCGAGGAUGACACCACGUGGUAUUCAGACUCAAAAUCUACGACAACACGUCACUUUGCCGUCGACACCGUCAAUAACAUCGUGUACUUCUGUGACUUCCACGGCAUGUCCAACAAGGUGUCAUGCUUCUCCUCCAGGGACGAAGGCAAAACCUGGAAAAUUCUCGACAAUUUCCUGAACUACCUGGUGGGCUUUGAUCCGGAGAGCGGUCAAAUGCUAGCCACGGAUAUGAGCGGAGAAUCCUACAUGGCGAGCAACGACGGUGUCCGCUGGAGCCUUGUACCACCCAGGAUAGCCAAUGCGUCGGCCGUCAAGCCUGGCUUCAUGCACAGCAUCGCUGUGCCUGCUGUGACACGAUCGGACAUCCUCUCCAAGAAUCUUAUUAUUGGAGACUGGAGAGCAACCUUCGACGGCCUCGUGUACAAGGACGCUGAAGCUCCAGCUGCCUCCUGGAGUGGCUGCUGCCCAAUGUAGAUAGCUGUCGUGCUGUUCUGUAUUUGAAGUCUUGUAUA